AUGAACAGCACAACAACAACAACAAAUAGUACGAGCGACAUACCAUUAUUAACAGCCCCUUUUUUACAUUAUAUACCCACAUCUCCUUCUUCUCAAGAAUUGGAUUUUCAUUUGCCUUCUCGUACUCCACUUCAUGGCUUAACAAUAUCUGAAUGGGCUGGUAGUAAAUCUACUAGACAUCAGUUUCAUAACGAUACCAAUCCAUUGGUGACCAAUAAUACAAGCAAUGUCUCUAUCAUCCCAGCCACCACUAAUACAGCAAAUAUUGAUACAACAUCUUCAGUUCAUAUCACCAACACGCCUUCCAAUAACAAGCCUGUUGUUCUUAAAGACUCAAACGAAGAUAACUGGAAAGACGUUUAUCGUAACAUCAAAUGUAUGGAUCAACUGUACGAUGCUUCCUUUUAUUCUUGGCUCAAGUCAGAAGAAAACGUAUUGGUGACAGCCAUGUAUUUACAUCGUAUUGCAAAUGAAUACCCUUUGGUCCGCAUUAUCAACGCCUUAAAAUGGCUUAUAAGUGAUUGGCGAUUAGAGAGUAUUAGUACGCUAGUAAGACAUGUGACCGUUGACUGGUGUGAUGAAGCAGGUGACCUACGGCGAGCACAUCUUUUACGUCACCUGACGCAUAGUUGGGCGACGCAAUACACAACGACAUUGAUUACCAUGGUCUUAUCGUCUGCACCGUAUACAGCCACCAGUAGUUUUCAAAGAGAGCGAUUCUUGAGAGAAUUCACAAAAGAAUGGGAUUUUUCAAAGUUAUCUGAAUUCUUCAUGUAUCUUCAAAGCCCAGCUAAUAUUGAUUAUAAAGUCAAAUGUGUCAUGUUGCAAGAAGCGGCUAGACGAGAAAGAGAAACGUUGGGCGCUAAAUUAAAAAAGAAACGAGUCCAACAACCACAAGAACCCCAUCAUCUUCGCUUUGAAUCCUCUGCUAGUGGCUCGUCUUCGAUGGAAGAUACAUUGGAUGAAGAAGUCACAAAUAAUUCCAGAAGACAUCAUCGUCGUACUUCAAGCAAUGAUGUCAAUGAUAUCAAGCGUCUAAGGUUAUCUACGCCUGACCUGGCAGAUAAUUCAGGCAGUGCUGAAAAUAAUGAACAACAUAUCUUGCUUGAUCCAUCCUCUGCUUCUGCUUCUGCUUCCUCCUCCUCCUCUUCUUCUUCUUCUUCUUCUUCUUCUUCUGCAAUGAACCAUGAAUUAUCCCAUCUUCAUUUAAAUAUGAAUAAUAGUAGCACAAGUCAUUGUACAAGUCAGUCACAACAACAACAGCAACAACAGCAACAACAAGAAGUAAGAAGAAGAUCAAGUUCAAAUGUAUCCAUGGAAGACUCUAUGGAUAUGGACUAUGGUCGAAAGAGAACAUCUUCUUCUUAUUUUACAACAGACGAAGCUAUAUAA